AUGUCUUCUUCCGCUCUACCAACCACGCGCGAAGACUGGAAAGCCGCGAUCGACGCGUUGCCAAAUACUCCGGAGCGCAUCCCGUCUAUCUUCAUCGCACACGGUAGCCCGAUGCUCGUCAUGACGCCCGAAAACGCGCCGCACAUGCCCGCGUCAGUCGUGAACUACAUGGGCGCAAAAGGUCCUCUGGCGACUUUCCUCGGAGAUCUCGGUCCUGCACUGUUGGAAAAGUACAAGCCGAAGGGAAUCGUAGUGUUCAGCGCGCACUGGGAAACGAACGGCGAGCGUCUUGUGACGGACUAUGGCGACAGCAACCCGCUCUUGAUGGACUACUUCGGCUUCGACAAGCAUAUGUACGAGAUCAAGUUUGAGAGUAGGGGAGAUAAGGCGUUGUCGGAGAGGGUUGUGGAGCUCUUCAAGGAGGCAGGUAUGCUGGCGCGUACAACCCCUGCGUCCGAGACGCGCGGGAUGGACGGUCGCGGCUUCCAUGGCCCAGGGUUCGACCAUGGCGUUUUCUUCCCCUUCCGCAUCAUGUUCUCCGAGAACUUCAAGUCGAUUCCCAUCGUGCAAGCAUCCAUCGACGGUUCUCUUACUCCGGAGGGUAACCUUGCUCUCGGACGCGCCGUGGCUAAGCUACGCGAAGAAGGCAUUCUCGUCAUCUCUGGCGGUCUGACGGUCCACAACCUCCGCGAUUUCGGCGCCUUCCAUCCUGAUACUGCCAAUCAGCGGGCGCGUGCUUUCAGCGACGCGGUUACCGAAGCACUACCCAUUCAAGACCCGAAGGAGCGGGAGAAGGCACUUGUCGGCCUUGUCACGCACGCAGGUUUCCGUGCAGCUCACCCUCGAGAGGACCAUUUCGUGCCGCUCUAUGUGGCGGCGGGCGCAGGCGAAGACGGCGGUUCUCGUGUACUGGCUGCAUUAUACGGCUGCCAUAGCGUCGCUUUCGGAGUAUAA